GCACAUACGGCGUGUACUGUAUAUCCAACAUUGAUACCCCAAACCCAAGAUGGAGACAGUCGAACAGCUUGACGACGAAAUUGGUGACCUUCACGCUCGCCUAGCAACACUACGAGCCCAGCGCGCGAACCUGUCGUCAGUCUUGGUGUCGCAACCCCAUCUCGCAGCUCGUCUUCAGAACAGAAACGAACGCAGCAAAUCCUCCGACGAUGCCCAGCAAAUCAUUACGCAACAAUCAAAGCGCAAUCUUGAAAACGUAUAUCGUGCGUGCGCUGGCGUAACUGCUUACAGAGUCAAAGAUCCAGACCCACAUGCAGCCAAUGACGGCAACAUCCUCGGCAUUAGCAUUGAUGUUUCUGUCGCCGAGAAAUUCAUUGAGACGUACCAUGUUCUGCUGAGCGUCCGAGACAAGGGAGGAAAGAAACUUCUGAGCAUCUACAAGCACACCAUUCCUCCAUGCAUACCACUCCAACAGUUGGCUGCCAAAUGGCUACCGGGAAGCGGGAAAGAUGGGGAACAUGAUCCAGAGCAGGACCUGGUACGCUUCGGACGUCUACUGCGGAAAGAGCUUGUGAGCUGGAACAUGCGAGUUGAUGCUGUAAGAAAGUUGAGGAAAGAGGCAGGGCUCAUCAAGCAAAGACGGGACAGUGAGGACUUGGCAACUGCAUCAACCAGCAGCGUCCUGAACGCAU